AUGGACGCCUUCACUCGCUUUACCAACCAGACCCAAGGCCGGGACCGACUCUUCAGAGCCACUCAGUACACAUGCAUGUUGCUUAGAUAUUUGUUAGAACCUAAAGCUGGAAAAGAGAAAGUGGUAAUGAAGCUCAAGAAACUGGAGUCCAGUGUGAGCACUGGCCGUAAAUGGUUCAGACUAGGAAAUGUGGUACAUGCUGUGCAGGCGACUCAGCAGAGCAUUCAUGCCACUGACCUGGUGCCCCGCUUUUGCCUAACAUUAUCCAAUGUAAACCGUGUGGUUUAUUUUAUCUGUGACACUAUCCUCUGGGUGAGAAGUGUAGGGCUUGCCUCUGGCAUCAACAAAGAGAAAUGGAGAAAGUGGGCUGCCCGUCACUACUACUAUUCUCUCCUGCUGAGCCUGGUCAGGGAUUUGUAUGAAAUCUCCUUACAGAUGGAACAGGUUGCACACAUAAUGGCAAAGAAGGAAAAAUCACCAUCCCAGAAUCUUCUUGGACAUAGUGUGGCUGAUGAAGAAACAGAAUGGCUCCAGUCCUUUCUCCUUCUCUUAUUCCGAUCCUUGAAGGCUCAUCCUCCCUUGCUCCUGGAUACAGUGAAGAAUCUUGGUGAUAUCCUGAACCCUUUGAACGAGCUGGGGAUCUGUAAGUCCAAUCCUGGCAUCAUUGGACUUGGAGGUCUUAUGUCUUCUAUAGCAGGCAUAAUCAUUGUGGCAUAUCCUCAGAUGAAGCUGAAGACCCACUAA